AUUACAUUGUCAAUUCGGUGAACCACAGCAGGCACAGCCUCGCCUCGUAUCGGAUGCCGAUUAUUAUCGUCGUUUGCGCCAAAGUUUCUGCGUUAUUCAAGUGUGUAAAAUAGUCCCUUUCGCCAUGGCAACGAAGAACAUCUUUUCCAAGCAUCUGCCGAACGUGAAGCUGGCGACACGGUUCGAUGCGGACGGGAACGAAAUUCAGGUGGAAAGGCGGGAAGAUGAAGAGCAGAAGCGGAAGGAGCAGGAUAUUAUCGAUACGCUCGUCGGUGCUGGCUACUACCGGGCCCACAUACAGGGCCUGUCCUCCUUCGACAAGAUAGUGGGCGGCAUGACCUGGUGCAUCGAGGCCUGCGACUAUGACGUCAAUGUGGAUCUGCUGUUUCACGAGAAUCUUACCAUUGGUCAGAAGAUUGCCUUGACGGAGAAAAUUGUCGCCGUGCUGCCCCGCAUGAAGUGUCCGUUCCUGAUCGAGCCGCAUCAAAUACAGGGGCUGGAUUUUAUCAACAUUUUCCCGGUGGUUCAGUGGCUGGUGAAGCGUUCGGUGGAAAAUCGAAGCAAAAAGGCGGACACACUGCGGAAGCUCGCGGCAACCCAGUUCCAGAACCACGGCACCCUCGAAUCGGACCGGGAGCUGCAGCGGCUGCGCGCCAAGCAGCUGGCCAAUCUGCAGGCCAUCGAGUCGAAGUAUUUGCCGAAAAGAGGGUUUAAGCUGCGUAAAGCAGCCGGUGGCGGUUGGAUACCGGUGCGGCCGAAGGAUGUGGCGCACCAGGAGACGUCCGAUGGAGCGUUGGAAGACGUGCUGGAGGCAGACGUGGACGAGGAGGAAGGAGAGGAAGACGUAUCAGUGUCUACCGAACAGGAGCUUAAUUUUGAUGUUUUGUUUAAAAAUAUCGCAAAAGAGCACAACAUUUCUGUGGAUCUCACAGAAGCGGACCGUUCCACGUUGGCCAAAACAUACGACGACAUGAAGCAAACCCUUUCCGGCGAGGCUAUCGAGCAAGUAUCGGAACGAAAUCGCAUCAAAGCUCAGUUGGCGCUGAAGCUAGCGCUGGAGAAAAAGCUUGAACUCGCUUUAGCCGAGUGUGAGCAGCUAAAAACGACGGUACAGGAAGAGGAACAGCAGCUGAAGGAGGCCGGCAGUCAAAAGGAAGCCCUCGAGGAGGAAAUUAGAAAUCUCGACAAUCUGGAAAUUACGGAAGCUAAUCAAAAAAUUCUUGACCACGUCAAAGAGCUGGUGCUGAAGAAUGAACGCAUGAAGAAGCAGGAAACACAGUUUAAAGAAAAUUGCAAAAAAGAGUUGGCAGAGUUGCAGCAGAAAAUUGACAAAGCGGAAACAUCAACCCCGGAUGAGGAUAUGCUGGAGCUGCAGAGACAGCUCGAUAUGGAGCUGGAGCGCUUGAAGUCGCUUCGGCUGCAGCUUGCCAAAAAGAACCGUUCCUAUGUGGCUAUCAAGCGCCAGCUGGACACCGUACCGGAUCGUACCGAGUUGGCGCAAUAUCAGCGAAGAUUCCUUGAACUAUACAAUCAAGUCAGUGCAAAGCAUCGUGAAACGAAACAAUUCUACACACUGUACAACACGCUGGACGACACGAAGCUGUAUCUGGAGAAGGAACUGUCGCUGCUGAAUUCGAUCUACGAUAAUUACGCGAACGCUAUGCAGACGCCACACUCGCGCGAACAAUUCGUGCAGCAGUUUGAAACGAUCGUGGAAGGCAUUCGGGCGACGAAAGCGAAGCUGAAGAAAAAGUGUGACGACGAGAGAGCGAAACGGGACGGACUGAACGGUCAGCUGGUGUGUCUGAUGGAGCAGCAGCGCAAGUACGCAACCACGGUCAAGCAGCUCACGAUGGAAUGCCAACGAAACGAGGUACUUAUGCAGCACCUCAAAGCGCUGAAAGCAUCCACCCAGCAGCAGCAAUAGGGAUGGGGGAUUCCAACCAAACAAAAACCAUUUAUUGCAUUCCGCCGGUACGUAGUGCGCUUAGGAUGGGGAACUGAAUAUAUACUCAAUUACUACUUCACGAUUAACCGA